AUGGUGUAUAAACGGGGACGAACCCACCGCAAGGUCCCAGAUUCGCUACAUGACAAUUCUGACGACUACUCGUGUCAAUCGACAAGCCCCUCUGCACGGUCUCUAAGGAAAAAGGUCAGGUGGGAAGGAAGGCCCGCUGCUACGACUACUACAACAAAUGAAGAUAGUGAGCCAAGCUCUGAAGAAGAGCCGCAAACAAAUGAAAAGGUGGUCUAUUCAACUGUGAAUGCAGUGCUCGAGCAAGUCAACCCUGACCUUGUGUUGACCAGCUCCCAUGCAGACGAUGACUUUAUCGACAUGCUUAAUAGACACAUGGAAUCAGCAGAUGGGACAUUCCAGAUACGUCCGUUCAAAGAAUUUCUUGCAGCCAAAGGACGCGACAGGUUGCUUAGCCUCAACCUAUUCAAUCACUAUACUCCAGGGGGGGAUGAUUUACCUCCCUCCUCAGAUAUAGAUUCUCACUCAUCCUCACGUCCAACCAACGCCUAUGACUUCAUGACAUCCAGGCGUGCAGUUACAGGAGAUCCUGCAGCAAGAAGAUGGAGCGCCUCCGUGAGACUAGCAAAUUUUACAUCUGUCGAAUUUUCCCCUCUUUGUAUGGCAUCAAUUGGCGCGCUACUCGAUCACAUUGUCAGGCAAAAGGCUCUCAGUGAUUGCGAUGAUGAGGGUAUCGGAGGUUUAGAUAUCAGAAAUAUCGAAACAUUGGCUAUUGAGAAAUCGAUGCAAAUUAAUGCAGAUGCUUUGUUAUCCCUUCAGGUAUUUGAAACUGAAAGUCAUGCUUCUGUGCAUUCCGAGAAAACCAAGGAAGGCCUCUCUCUAUUUAGUAUCUUGAACGGCACGAAAACUACUGCUGGACGAGCACUACUACGAGGCUGGCUGCUUCGUCCAUCCCUAUCACCUUCAGAAAUAUCUUCUCGUCACGAUGCCGUGGAAUGCUUUGUGCGACCUGAAAAUGUAGCAGUAGCGAACGUCAUGCACAAGCACCUUAAAGGCAUCAAAAAUAUGCCUCGUAUCAUGUCUCUGAUGAAAGAUGGCAAAGCCCGCCUAAUGGAUUGGCAAGGGCUCGUAAAGUUUACGUUUAGUGUCACCAUGCUACGUGAUUCCUUGUCGGAGCUUUAUAGCCCAGAUCAUGUCGAGAUCAUAAAGAAGCUUGUCGCCGCUUUAGACAUACCAACAUUUAAGGAAAUCGGCAUCAAAAUUAACGAAAUCAUCGACUGGGAAGAAUCGGCCAACCACGACAGGGUGUGUGUUAGACCUCAUAUCGACGAGGACCUAGACAACCGCAAAUUUACUUAUCACGGAAUCGAUUCCGUCUUGUCGAGCGUCGCUGAACAAAUAUCUCAAACUAUCCCUGCCGACUAUACAACGUCCUUGAACGUGGUCUACUUUCCUCAGUUAGGAUAUUUAAUAUGUGUUCCUAUGUUGGAAGAAUGGAGAGGAGAGGCAGGCAUUCAACCCCUAGAAGGUUGGACAUUCCAGGAACUUUUAGAAGAGGUUCUCGUUAUCUUUGAAGCCAUGACGAAGGCGUGUGAUGUAUGUGCUGAGCUCGACUGUCUUUUGUCUUUCGGAGAAGCUUCUAGACUUUUUGACUAUCGACGGCCUGAAAUCAUUGAAGAUAACCUGGUGGAAAUUAUUCAAGGAAGACAUCCACUCCAGGAACGGGUGGUUGACACAUUCGUCGCAAACGAUGCUCAUCUCAUUGGAGGGGCUGGAAUCGGGGCAAACCCCAAUUAUCCGGAAGAUGGCAGGCAGUGGAACAGCGUAUUGCUUUGCACAGGUGCCAAUGCAUGUGGGAAAGUCGGUUGCUUCGUGCCAGCGGAAUCCGCCAGGCUGGGGAUUGCUGAUAAGAUUUUUACACGCGUUGCCACGCGAGAAUCGGUCUCAAAAGUCCAAUCGGCGUUCAUGAUUGAUCUGGCUCAGGUUUCUUUUGCACUUCGUAACUGCACUUCUCGAUCUUUGAUUUUGCUGGAUGAAUUUGGGAAAGGCACACUUUCUACAGAUGGCGCAGGGCUAUUCUGUGGUGUGCUUCGACAUCUUCUCAACAGAGGUUCGGAAUGUCCAAAGGUCCUAGUUGCCACCCACUUUCAUGAUGUGUUCAAUGAAGAACUCCUCAAUCCUGAACGCGUACCAGUGUCAUUCCGCCAUAUGCAGGUCAUGUUUACUUCGGGCACAGGGAUGAUUUCGGAAGCCCAUUCUCUUGGACACUCUCCUUCUACAUCCAGUUCUGCUCCUGCACCUUCAUUCACAACCUUUGGCGAUGGGAAAGACCCUGUUCCCGUUCGACCAUCUGAGAAGAUUACUUAUCUAUAUAGAGUUGCAGAGGGACUUUCUCUGGAUUCUCAUGCCGCAAAAUGCGCCCAUAUAUUCGGAAUACCUUCACGCAUAGUGGAGCGAGCGCAAUAUGUUACGAACCUUCUCACGACCCACAAACUAAGCUUGCUUUUGGAUGAGCAAAUGUCUAGUGACGAACGUGCUGAUUUGGAAGAUGCAGAGGCCAUAUGCCGCCGAUUCCUCAAAUGGGAUUUGAAGUCGGCGGAAGAGUAUGGGGAUGGAGAAGUCAAAGCGAGGCUCGGGAAGGUUUUGGGUAGGGAUACUGAUGCAAAUGAUCCGCAGAACUGA